UCCACGCUCUCUUCCUUUUAACUCCGUCUCUCUCCUUCGCCCUCUCUCCCCUCUCGCUCAAUCCCUAACCAAAUCAAAUCUCACCCCUUUCUCCCUCUCCUUUGAUUCGACAAUGGCGGCUGCUACCGCUCCUUCGCCUCGCGAAGAGUUCGUCUACAUGGCCAAGCUUGCCGAACAAGCCGAGCGCUACGAAGAGAUGGUCGAGUUCAUGGAGAAGGUCUCUGCCGCCGUCGAGAAGGACGAGCUUACCGUUGAAGAGAGGAAUCUCCUCUCUGUUGCCUACAAGAACGUCAUCGGUGCUCGCCGUGCCUCCUGGCGUAUCAUUUCCUCAAUCGAGCAGAAGGAGGAGAGCCGAGGGAACGAGGAUCAUGUCUCCAUGAUCCGCGACUACCGAUCCAAGAUCGAGGGUGAGCUAUCCAACAUCUGCGAUGGGAUUCUCAAGCUCCUCGACACUCGCCUUAUCCCUUCCGCUUCUGCCGGCGAUUCCAAGGUCUUUUAUCUCAAGAUGAAGGGCGAUUACCAUAGGUACCUUGCCGAGUUCAAGACGGGAGCCGAGCGCAAGGAGGCUGCCGAGAGCACUCUCACUGCUUACAAAUCUGCUCAGGAUAUUGCAAAUGCCGAACUGCCUCCGACUCAUCCGAUUAGACUCGGUCUUGCUUUGAACUUUUCUGUCUUCUACUAUGAGAUUCUUAACUCUCCGGACCGUGCUUGCAACCUUGCAAAACAGGCCUUUGAUGAGGCAAUAGCUGAAUUGGAUACACUGGGAGAGGAAUCAUACAAGGAUAGCACUUUGAUCAUGCAACUUCUUCGCGAUAACCUUACCCUCUGGACCUCUGACAUGCAGGUAAUGUUAUUGAGUUUUGCCAUACCCCUCUGGAUCUCAUCACUUUAUUACAUGAUUAAAGUUUACUUAACCUGUUUGUUAAUUUGGUUUCAUUUUGUGAUCGGAUUUCAGGAAGAGGGAGCAGACGAAAUCAAAGAAGCAGCAGCUGCUCCUAAACCUGACGAGGAAAAGCAGUAAAAAAAUAAUUUACUAUCAAGUAGAAUUGAACUUCACCUCUACAUGUUUUUGAAGGGAGAAGUUGUUUGUCGUUAAGUUCGACGCUACAGAUAUUUUAGGCAUUCAUGUCUGUGAUGAAUUAUGGAUGUACUGGGCCCUUUUAGUCUGUCCUUCCAUUGUUUACUUGUUUUUGAAUCUAUUUUCUUGUGAACAUCGCGCGGUUUAAUCA